AAAAUUUGGAUAAUUUUAUGUGACAAUGUGAUAAUACAGUAUUUGCAUGAUUUAAUUUCUUAUAGGGAUUACAACUAAAAUAGUGUAAAGGGCAAUAAUUUAUAUAUUGACCAUGACUGAAGCUGCCCCGGCUAGGGGACCAGUGGUCCCUGUGCCUGCAACAAUGCCAGAGUUGGCCUGGUAUGAGUUUGUGUUAAAUGAGAAACUUUUAGAGGAUCAUUUAUCUCAGGAAAACCCAGAACCAGGUCCAAUCCAGUUGAUAAUGCAAUUUCUUCAAGAAGCUGAAAACCAGAUAGCAGCUAAUGGACCAAACGCUGAUCAGCAGCAGCCUACUCAGGUGCCUCUUGGUACCUCCCCCAUCCCUUUACAGUCCCCUGGCUCACCUGUCAGCAAUGCCACAUCACCACAGCCAAUGGAUAUUGAUCUAAGAGUUAUAGAUCCACCAGCUGUUGAUCUCCAGCCAGAAAAACCAGUAACACCUACUUUACCUGCCAGCGACAACAAAAAGGUGCGUUGUCUGCGGCUCCUCGCACUCAAGGUGGCAGCACAUCUAAACUGGAACCUCACUACACUAAUAAAAGGGUUACCAGUUACAAUGUUAAGCACAUUAUUGACAGAGUUACUGAAGUCUACCAUGGAGAUGAGCCCAGAUGCUGCCAAAUAUACUGACCUACAUUUUGAUGUUCUCUCAGACGACGCAGUCUUUGCUGCACAACUCUAUCAUAGAUGGAGUAUUUUAACUCUAGUCAAACACAGUUUUCCUGGUAAACCAGUGAAGAAUUUUAUGCAAGUACAAGGUCAGUCUGACCCCAUCACAUCGAUGAUGCAGGCAGAGUCUAUCGUAAAUAAUUUACGAGACAAAGCAGAUGUAUCGGUGGAAAACUUACAGAAAUGUAUUCAGUGUGGUAAAACUAUAAGAAUGCCACAGUUUAACAGUAUUACAGUUCCAUCAGAACAUCAGGAUAACCCGGUAUAUCAAUGGGAACAGGGUACAGACAUCAUUCCAGAGGAAUAUAUAUGUCAGUUAUCAUAUGAUCUUGGAACAUACUUCUUCUAUAGAGAAUCAUAUCAUCAUGCAUUGGAAAUGUUCAGGGAAACAAAAGAUCUUCUUAAACAUCUGGAGAAUCCAAGUUAUUGCCAAGUUAAGGAGCAAAGGUUGAACGGUUAUUAUGUGGCAUGUAAAACAUUGAAAGAGUCAUCAGCCAAGCUUAGUGCCAAACCUGAAAGUUUGUACAGGAGAGCGGAAUCAGCUCGUAGAAAUGUGUUUAGAGGUUUGGUAGAUAUUUUAAUAGAGGACAAUGUGAAACAAGAAUUAAGCAAUGCCUAUAGAGCUAACCUUGAAGAUGAACUUGCUUCAAAAGAAAGUCUAACGUUCACAUUUAUACAAGUUAGUGUGUGUAAUGUUAUACGAGGGGUGAUGGAAGGAAAAGCCUUCGUGUCAAUUAUCGCAGAUAUCCUAGAAGAUGCUGAUAUAGCUACCAUUAAAUUCCUUGUUAAGGUAUUAGCAGUAGCCCUCAAUGGAGCCUCGUUUGUACAGAAGACCAAUCUUGUAACUUUCUUGUGGCACGUAGCUGAAGCGGCCCCACCUCAUUCUCACUUCAUCCCCAUGGUAUUACAGAGCGACAUACGUAAUCAUUUCACCGGUUAUGAAUGUGAUCAGAUGAGAAAGUUAGAGAAUGGUAACACUGAUCAGAUGUCAUUUGGGACAAACCUUGAUGAUUUAACCACAGUGGCUAGCAGUUAUCCAUCAAGCAGAGAUUCCUCUGUCACUCUGGUGAAUGUAGAACACCAAUUAAUGUUUAUGUACGAUGGAGACGUUAUUCACCAUCUUGUCAAUGAACUUGUAGUCAAUCAGCAGAAAACACCUGCAUAUGUCAUGCAGCUCAAUGAAAAGUGGAAGGUACCGUUUGAAAUGCUGGACAUUAUACGUAAACUUCCCCCUAGUCUGGAGCAAGCAUAUGCGUUUGUUUUGAUUGGAAAAGGUUGUCACUGCAUGGAGGUCAAGAUAUUUGAGCGAGCAAGAAAUCUUCUGGGAGUGGCGGAUAAUGUAGUGUCGCAGUUAUCGUACACCCUGUCUAAACAUGUAAGAUGGCAAAUGAUGAUGGUAGAUCUACAGCAGUUCUUCCUGAAUGAGACUUUCAGUGAGAACAGUUCACUACAAGAUCUUAUCAAGAAGGUGAAGACUUGUAUAACAGCCGUGAGGCUCGGUCAAGAUAUUCAGCCAAGUCCUGAUGUAUUGGAGCAUUGCUCAGCUUUCCUGUUAAAUAUACGAGAUUGGACAUAUCUCAUGAACAUGGAGAAUACCAACAGUGGUCAUAUAGAGGCAUGCAGACUUGUAUCUGGCUUACUGAAUGAGCUUCCUUCUAUCAAAAAUGCUCGGAAACCAGCAAGAGACUUGUGGGAAACCAUUGUGACAAUAUACAGUACCAAUGCUCAACAUAAGAGAACAUCUAGUGGCCGUGACAGUGCAAUGUAUCGUGACUCGCAGCUUGGCAUCCUGCCAAGAGAUUUCUUUAAAGUUUUUCUACAGAAGAUUAAGGAACCAUUAGCUUUAAGUGUGUUCAUAUCACUGAUGACAAAGUUUUAUAAUAUUCUCAAGGAUGAUAUAACAGUGGAAAUAUACAGUGACUACCUAGCCAUCUGGCCAUCGGCAUUGCCCAAUACAAGUGGUAUACAUGUAGGAGCAGUAGAGGAACAUGUAUCUGUGUUAAUGCAACACGCCUUACAGAAAGAUCCCUCCAACUCUUCCUGGCUUAGAACACAGGCGGAUCUUCUCUAUGCUAACAACCAGUACUCUGCUGCUAUGAAGUUCUAUAUGGAGGCUGGUAUAGUGUCGUCAGAAUUCUUCGCCAAUGCUGUACCUAAAAGUAUCUAUGAUGAUAAUGUAUACAGAAAAAUGAUGAAAUGUUGCUCAUACCUACAGUGUCAUACUCAGGUGGCUGUAUUGUGCCAGUUUCUAGAUGAAAUAGAUUACUCCACUGCCUUCAAGGCAUUGCAGGAGAAGAACACAUACGAUGCAAUGGAUUCUUACUAUGUUUGUAUCUGGGACAUCAGCAUACUUGAGUACCUUGUCCAUCUGCACACAAAAAGAGGAGAAAUGGAGAAAAGACAGUCUGCAAUGCGUGCAUUAACUCAGUUAGAUCUGAACAGUAACAACCCAGAGGAUAUCAUACAGAGGGCCAUACAGAUCCGGAAACGUAAAUUUCUACGUGCCAUGGCUAAACAAUAUGUCUAAAGAGACCCUUGGUGGAACUUUAAACUCUGGACAUGGAUAAUGGCUAAAUAGCCUCGGAUUAUCUGAUAUUGCAAAUCUGUUACUGUACAGCGUUUUAGUAUAUGGAUACAAGGUGCAUAACUCUCAAUGUGGAUGUUUGCUGACAUUUUACUGAAGGAAUCAGGAAGGCUUUCUGACUAUUGUUAAUGAUUAGAGAAGUUAUUUGUGAAGAAAUUAAAUUUCAGUUAUUUGAACUGAAGAAUAUAUUCAUACAUAUAUGGUGUAUAAAGUUAUAUUUGGGAAAGAAUAUGUUUAUUUCUCUGUUACUGGGGAAAAUAGAUCAGUGGUUGUAGACAUAAAUAUUUGACUUUUGGAAAUAAUACAGCGGAACAUGUAUUGAUAAAUUGUGUGGAUUUAUGAAUCUAUCAUAGGAAAUAAUAAAGCACAGUUUUUA